CAAAGAGACAUGUUUGUCACUCAGAAGCUUUUGCUUGGCAACAGAUGGUCAGUACCUACAAUUAGGAGUACACUGUCGAUAAAACUAGUUAAGACCAGCACAUAAUGGGGAAGACCAGAGCAGGUGUUUAUGAAGACCACAAUUUGGCUGGAGGAAUUCUUCUGUUCACCUCUCUGCUGGGCCUGGUUACCUAUAUCUGCGUCUUCUUUUAUCAGCGCAGGCUCAUUAAGCACAUCCGCUGUCCUCUUAUCUAUAUGAUCUGUGUGGAUAUUGUAAAUUUUUUCAUGGGAAUAACUGUAGGAAGUGAAUAUCUUGAGUAUAUCUCCGACUGUGGAAUCUCUUGCAGUUCUUCAUGGCUUUCAGUCGCAUGGCUGUUGACCAGAUUAUAUGGAGUGAUUUUACAUCUUCUGACCUCUGCUUGGUGCCUGAUUCAUCCAAAAAGUGAAUCCAAACAGUGCUAUUUUUUUACAGUAAUUUCCAUUUUGACUUUAGUUUUGUCCCCUGUUUAUGCAUUUGUAAAAGAGGUGGCCAUCUACGUUUUGGGAGUUAUCACCAUUGGGUUGGCUUUGGGUGUCAUUAUAAACUUCAGAUUGUCAGCUGCAUCUCCUGCACCUGCCAAAGAGAAGAAACUGAUCACGACACUCGCCAUGUAUAUUUUCUUGGUUGUCUUCCUCCCCAGUUUUAUUCUUGAGUGCCUAUUCAACAUCAUUGGCACCUCUGACAUUGAAAUAAUUUAUAAGAAUGCUCUAUUCUUCACAAACCUUCAGCUAAUUUUCAAUGGCCUCCUGUGUUUCUUAAUCAUGAAGUUGUCUGCUGGUGCAGAAGAAGAAGAAGAAGAGGAAGAAGAAGAGCAGCAACAACCACAACAACUGUUGCAACUACAACAGCAACAACAGUGGCAACAGUCACUACAUGAUCAGUCGCAACAACCACAAACUCAAUGGCCUCAGUGGCAACAACCUCAAAAACGUCAGUGGCAACAACCACAACAUCAGUGGGAGCAACCAGAACAACGUCAAUGGCAACCACCGCAACAACAGGGCUGGAGACGUGAUGCUUCUGUAUUUACUAUACAUAAUGGACGAAACUCACAUUAAAUUGCUGCACCAGACUAUUGUGAGUUCGUAGAUGGAUAUGUUGGACAAACUCAUCAACAUUGUCUUUGUCUGUGUACAUCACUUUCUAUUUUAAACUUAUUUUGCUUCAUUUGUUAAAGAGGGAUGGUGGCUUCACUAGAAGUUAAUCUCCAGCAGUAAUUAGAAGAUUGCAUUUCUUGUCAUAUUCAUAUUGCAGUGAAUGUAAUGAAGAUAAAAUCCGAGUUGAAGAUCAUCAUUGUACUCUCACUGUUAAUGCUUGAUUUUAAAUCCAAUGUAUAUCAAAGAAAAGCAAGUAAUUUAUUUUUAUAGAGAAAAACAUUAUACUUUACACACUUUGCAUUCUAAAACUUCCAUUCAAUAAACAAAUGUAAAAACUUUUGUCUUUUUCAUAAACAUUGGCCAUAUUUGAUGCUCACUUAACAGAGAA